AAUCAAGAAGUUGGGCAGGUUGCUUAUUUCAACAUACCGUGGUACAAUCUACCGUCAAUGUAUCAGCGACACCUGUGCCUUAUGAUUGUUAGGGCACAACAAUAUUGCAGUAUUUCAGCAUUAACUUUCCGAACGUUGUCUAUCCAUACAUUAACGACUAGACUAUUAGUCGACAAACGUUUAACAGUUUUAUAGCUGUUCAUUUCACGACUUGUAUUACACUAAUGAAGAGAACACGAUCAACUUUAAAGACACAUUCUGUCGAAGAAAAAAACAUUGAUGAUAUCGACACAGAUGAAAUGAAAACCAAAUCAAAGGGUGUGGAAGAGAAUUCAAUGGUGCAAAAUAAAAAUUUUAAAGAUAAAGAACUAUCUAACACAGCAGAAACAUUGAAACCACCAGUAGAAAAUGUUCAGAAUCUGGAACAGAAACAAACAAAUAAACUCAACUUUAAAAGUUUGAGAGAUAGGAAUAAAGGGAUUGACGAAGAACUUCAACCAAAUAUACCUCCUCCAAAAAGUAAACCUAGAGCAGUGGUAGACCUUAAAAUGAUGAAAGAAGAAUUAAAACAAUUGGAAGAUCCACCAUUGACUGCAUGGGAAAAAGAAAUAUGUUCAAAUAGAUUGCCAUAUUCAUUUUUCAAUUGUCCUUGUGAAGAAUUAGCACAAAAUUUAUUAGGGAAAAUACUAGUUCGCUGCCUAGAAAAUGGUACUAUUUUAAAAGGUAGAAUUGUUGAAACAGAAGGAUAUUUAGGAGUAAUUGAUAAAGCAUCACAUACUUAUCAAAAUAAAGUUACUCCUCGUAAUAUACCAAUGUAUAUGCCACCUGGUACUAUAUAUAUAUAUAUGACAUAUGGAAUGUAUCAUUGUUUCAACAUAUCUAGUCAAGAGUCAGGAGCGCAUGUAUUAAUAAAAGCAGUAGAACCUAUGCUUGGCCUUGAUUAUAUGGAAUUAUUAAGAAAUAUGCAGACAAAAGAAAAUAAAAAAGAAAAGGAAAUAGUAAAAAAUGUUCAAAAUUUUAAAAAGUAUGAACUUUGUAACAAUCCAACCAAAAUUUGUACAGCUUUUGUUAUUGAUGAAGAUAUCUUCAACCAGAAAAAGAUUUAUGAAUGUAGUGAUUUGUGGAUAGAAUAUGAUCCUUAUAUAAAAUCAACUACUAUUGUAGCAGCAAAUUCUGAUGAUUCAAACAAUAAUAAAGAGAAAGUGUGGAGAUAUUAUGUAUUAGGAAGUUCUAGUGUUAGUCAUAGAGAUAUUAAAUCUGAAGAACAUGCAUAUACUAUUUAACACUUUCCAUCUUUUGUAUUUCAUAUUCUUCAAUAAAGAAAUAUCCUGGUAAGAUUUUAGGUGAAGGGUGUGCUGUUUUAAUAAGGGCAGUCGAACCCUUAGAAGGUAUUGGGUAUAUGACUAAUCAACGAACUUCAAAGAGAUCAUCGAGUGCAUCUAAAAAGUUAUUAAAAGAUUUAAAGGAACAUGAAUUAUGU